AUGUCAAACAUGAUCUUCAUAAUUGUCAACGGGCGAUCGGCAAGUUUCUUAGUGCGUCAGGUCAUUCGUUGGCUGUUUCACCGGUACAACCUUUUACGUGUGGUUAUAUGGGCGAUCUACUACUUUGAGAUAACUCUUCAAAGUAUAGCUCUAUUUAUCACCAUUGUCAAUAAUAAUGUAUGGUGA